AGAGGAAGUUACAGUUUCAGUGGUUGAUGUUGUGCAUGCCCAAAGUAAAUCACACUGCCGUUGUCAUGGACGAACUCGACCUGCUGUUGGAGGAGUUGGCUGCAAACACCAGCAAAAAGGAUUCGGAUAAAAAGCUCAACCUAGACCUGUCUGCUCAGACCUUAGGUAGCGGCGCGACAUCCGGACAAAACACCAGCAAAAAUGUGUACAGUCAGCUGCCUGCUCCGGUCUCGGCCGAGGUGAUGAGCCCCGGGACGGCCACUCGAGAGCUGGACUCCAUCAUGAAUGAGCUGCUGGGUCUUGACCUGGAGGUCCCAGAUCAGCCACCACUCACUCCGAAGUCUGAAAAAGAGAAAAUGCCAGAAGACAAGAAGGAAACCACAGGAAACAGCAAGCAGAAUGAUCCAGGAGCAGAGAACCUGUCCAAAAACAAAGACAUAAUUGACAACCUUCUGGGAACGCUGAGCUCGGAUAUGGAGAAGAUGGGAGUGCGCACUAUGGCCAAGGGACACUGCGCUUCCUGUGGGAAGUGCAUCGCUGGCAAGAUGAUCACCGCUCUGGGGCAGGUGUGGCACCCGGAGCACUUUGUGUGCGUGGUGUGUAAAGAGGAACUUGGCACUAAAGGGUUCUUCGAGCGGGAUGGGAAGCCGUACUGCGAGGCCGACUACCAGAACAUGUACUCACCUCGCUGUGCGUACUGCCAGGGCCCGAUUGUACAGAACAUCCUGACGGCGAUGGACCGCUCGUGGCAUCCAGAACAUUUCUUCUGCAGUCACUGUGGAGAACGUUUCGGAACUGAUGGAUUUAUGGAGUGUGAGGGGAAGCCAUACUGUCCCAAAGAUUUUUACAUGCUGUUUGCUCCGAAGUGUUCGGGUUGCGGCGAGCCGGUCAGGGAUAACUACCUCUCAGCGGCAAACGGCACCUGGCACCCCGACUGCUUCGUCUGUGCUGAUUGUCUGAAGCCUUUUGGCGAUGGCUGUUUCAUGGAGUUGGAUGGUCGUCCCCUGUGCUCCCAGCACUACCACUCCAGGAUGGGGACGCUGUGUGCCACGUGUAACGACCCCAUCACCGGCCGCUGCAUCUCCGCCCUGGGACGCCGUUUUCACCCCGAGCACUUUGUGUGUGCUUUCUGUCUGCGUCAGCUCUCUCAGGGAGUCUUUAAGGAGCAAGCCGGGAAACCUUAUUGCAACACUUGUCACACCAAACUCUUCCUGUGAAAUCAGUUAUCUCUGGUUAGUCACGGUCCCGGAGUGCGUCAAAACAAUUAUGGGGAAAGAAAGAAAAAAACAAGUGAAAAUACAAAAUACUGCAUAAUCCUGCAGGCUUAAUUAUGUAGAACAUAAUAUAAACUCUGAUACAUCUAGCUUAAAAAAGCCUUUGUGUUCUUCUAUGCGUUCAUGUCCUACUAGGAAGUUCGUAUUUACGAGUUGGUAAAUCAGGUUCAUUCAAGUCACUUCAGUCUCUUCUGUCACUAUUUGAACCCCUUGAACUUUACAACCUGGAACUUUGUUAUAUUUCAAGAAUUAAUUAGUAGCAUGUCAUGGUUUGUUAUGGUUUUGAGUUUAUUGCUCUAUGCUGUCCCCUAGUGGAAUCACACAGACUAGCAGUUUAAGUUCAAUUACAGUCCACAAAACAAUUUAAAUCACAGAUGCAAAAUUCGUCUCAUGGCCCAGACUAGAUCCUUCACGAGGCUGGGUCUGAGACAUGAGCCAUAUGUUUUGGCACCCCUGAUCUAUUCAGCUGCAUGUUAAACUGUGGAUAAACUUCACCAUCAAUUUCUAGAAUGUUCUGUGAAAUGUUGAUAUAAAAGAGGUGUGUGGGUUAAAUCAUCAGCUUUCUAAAUCUUUCAGUAAACGACCUGGAAGUUAUCAAAUUAUAACAGCAUGAUUUCUCCUCUAUUACUCUUUCACACAACAUGGCUGUCCUCAUGCUGAGAAACUCCGCCAAAUAAAAGCUUCAGUGUAUGAAAUAAAGAGGUGGUUACACAAGA